ACAAACAGAGCCUUGGCCAGUACGCAGCGCGGCUUCGCUAAGUUUUUCGGGACCAGUCGGGACUGUGGGAUUUCCAAGACGGUCACAGUUCAUUGGACUUUUUCACCAUGCAUUCGUUUGCAUUUGAUCCAUCGAAAACCAGGACAGAGAUCAGGACAUAGAAGAGUGGGAAUACAUCGUAUCGUGGAUCAUUAUUUUAUCUUGGUGUAAUCGUUUCGUUAGAAUAAACUGCUGAUGUUUGUGGAAAGUAGGCUACAGAAUGCCCACCAGCGGCGAUGAGAGAAUUAAAGGCAGCGCGUUUAUUCCAGUGUCCACUGCUGCCGUACUCCUCGUUGGGUCCACCACUUUAUUCUUCGUAUUUACGUGCCCGUGGCUGGCAGUGACUGUGUCAAUCUACGUACCACCAUGCAGUGCCAUACUGUUCUUCCUUGUCUUGGCCAACUUCACCAUGGCAACCUUUAUGGAUGCAGGCGUUCUCCCCAUGGCUAAUGAGGACGAGGACAAGGACGAUGACCUCCUCGCUCCGCUCUACAAGAAUGUGGACGUGAAGGGUGUCCAGGUCAGGCUGAAGUGGUGUGCCUCCUGCCACUUUUACAGACCUCCACGAUGCUCCCACUGCAGUGUCUGUGACCACUGUGUAGAGGACUUUGACCACCACUGUCCCUGGGUGAACAACUGUAUCGGGAGGCGGAACUACCGCUACUUCUUCCUGUUUCUCCUGUCACUCACGCUGCACAUGGUGGGCGUGUUCUCCGGUGGCCUGCUCUACAUUCUACACCAUCAGGAAGACCUGUGGAAGCUUCACUGUACUGUCACGUUGGUGGUGAUGAGUGUAUCAGGUCUGUUCUUCAUUCCUGUCCUGGGCCUCACAGGGUUCCACCUCUAUCUGGUGUCUAGGGGCAGAACCACCAAUGAACAGGUUACUGGGAAGUUUCAAGGAGGGGUCAACCCUUUCACUCUAGGUUGCUGUGGCAACUUGCAGUAUCUCAUAUGUAGUCCCAUCUCUCCAAAGUAUACAGCGAGGCCCAUUAAGAAAUCAACAGUUCGCAUCAUGCCUCCUUUCCUGAGACCAGAGACUGACAGACAGAUCCCAAUUAUUAGGGUCAGGGAUAUCGGCGUCCAGCGUCAUGAUCUCCAAAGUAAACGCCUGUCCGCUGACGGUAUGGACGAGCCAGAUAUUAAACGUCUGAGCACCCCACCCCCGCUGCACCCCAAACCAGACCCCAACCUGCUGAAGAGCCACCUAGCAGCCCUAGAGGUUCCAGAGAGUAGUCUUCAUCCCAAACCAUUGAUCCCUCCCCCUGGGCAGAUCCUGCAGCAGCUCAGGCCAGCACUGCAGUCCCCCACCAAGCCAACACCACCCUUAUCUGUCCAACAGGUGGCACUAGAUCAACAGGGGGGCAGCAGUAGAGGUCAUUACUUGUCAUCAGAACCCAUCCUGGCCAGAGUGGACCAGCAGCUAGCCUUCCAGUCGGGUCCCAUGUCCGCUCCGCACCAGCUCAACUCUCUCACCCUUAGCACCCGCUUCCUCACCCAUGAACACGCCUAUCGACAUGGAAACAAGCUGCCGGCCUUGCACUCAGAAGGUCUGAUCUCCCACCAGGCGUCUCCGGGCGGGAUCCCCCCUCACAACCCCCUGUCCAGCCGCAGCAGCCUCUCCUACAGCAACCUGAUGAACCCAGGUGACCCUAACUACAUGCCCCAGCGAGGGGGACCGCCACUUCACUACCACCCCCACUUCUUGACCCUGGGCCCUGAUGGCAGUGUGCUGCAGGGGUCCCCUUCACAUGCCUACAGCCCCGUGUUCAUGGGGGUCAGCAGACAAUCUCCCCAGACAAGGGACACUUUACCCAGGGAUCCCUCUCUACGGGACCUCACCCCUCAGGCCCUCACCCCUCAGGCCCUGAUGCACAGGGACCUCUCCCCACAGACCUUGAUCCAUCGGGAGGCCUCUCCGGUCCGCUACGAUAACCUCUCCAAGUCCAUCAUGGCCUCCAUCAAGGAGCGACGGGAGAUGGAGGCGAGGGACAGGAUGCUGCGGAUGCAGGCCAGGUCCCAGGCCCUGUACGGCUGCCCAGACAUGGGGGUCUACGACAUCCCCAGCAGACGCAGCCUCCCUGCAGACAGCAUGCGCCCCCCAGGUUCCCGCGCCCCCACCCCACCCUCAUACGGCUCCAGGGAGUUCAUGAUGAGCACUGGUAUUUUGGGGUACGGAGGUACAAGGUCGCCCCUCUCCAGUGUCUCAUCAUCCUCUCUGACCCGAGCCCCCAGGACUUCCAGCUCCCCCCUGCAGAGCAGCAGUAGCCUACAGAGUAAGGGUCGUUUCCCCUCCCCAUCUUACCUCCCCCCAGACAGGCAGGCCAAGCCCUCACCCUCCUCCUGCACCCUGCCCCACACCCCCUCCUCUUCCUCUGCCCCAUACGUCCCCCCAAAACGCCCCUCACUCAUAUGCGCCAUGGAGGGCAAGGACUCAGCACCCUUGGCUUUCUCCAAAUAGGAAACAUUAAGUCUUCCUGAGGGUGUAUGCAGCCAGUCAGCCACACCACUCUGCAGUGUUAGCCUGUAUAUCCACAACUUCCCAGCACGGUGUAAGUGUGUCUGUGUGGGAGGGUGUGGGAGUCGAGAGGACAUCAAUAUGCAGUUAUGGGAAUAAUUUUGUACAGAUAUUUAUACUUGGUUCUCUUGCUAGACAAGGGUGUGUUUUGAAUAAAGACUGAGUGUUAACCAACACCAUAUGCAGAUAUCUGAUUCUCAGGACAGUGGCCAGUUGGCAGACAGUUGUGCCUCCUCAUGUAGUCAAAGGAACCAAUAACAGAGGAAAUGUACAGAAUACUUAUCUUUGAUUGUUGAUAUACAGUACCAGUCAAAAGUUUGGACACACCUACUCAUUCAAAGGUUUUUCUUUAUUUUUACUAUUUUCUACAUUGUAGAAUAAUAGUGAAGAAAUCGAAACUAUGAAAUAACAUAUAUGCAAUCAUGUAUUAACCAAAAAAGUGUUAAACAAAUAUAUUUUAUAUUUGAGAUUCUUCAAAGUAGCCACCCUUUGCCUUGAUGACAGCUUUGCACACUUUCAUGAGGUAGUCACCUGUAAUGCAUUUCAAUUAACAGUUGUGCCCUGUUAAAAAGUGUGGAAUUUCUUUCCUUCAUAAUGUGUUUGAGCCAAUCAGUUAUGUUGUGACAAGGUAGGGGUGGUAUACAGACGAUAGCCCUAUUUGGUUUAAUACCAAGUCCAUAUUAUGGCAAGAACAGCUCAAAUAAGCAAAGAGAAAUGACAGUCCAUCAUUACUUUAAGACAUUUAUUUUAUUUAUUUUUAUUUAUUUUACCAGGUAAGUUGACUGAGAACACGUUCUCAUUUGCAGCAACGACCUGGGGAAUAGUUACAGGGGAGAGGAGGGGGAUGAAUGAGCCAAUUGUAAACUGGGGAUUAUUAGGUGACCAUGAUGGUUUGAGGGCCAGAUUGGGAAUUUAGCCAGGACACCGGGGUUAACACCCCUACUCUUACGAUAAGUGCCAUGGGAUCUUUAAUGACCUCAGAGAGUCAGGACACCCGUUUAACGUCCCAUCCAAAAGACGGCACCCUACACAGGGCAGUGUCCCCAAUCACUACCCUGGGGCAUUGGGAUAUUUUUUAGACCAGAGGAAAGAGUGCCUCCUACUGGCCCUCCAACACCACUUCCAGCAGCAUCUGGUCUCCCAUCCAGGGACUGACCAGGACCAACCCUGCUUAGCUUCAGAAGCAAGCCAGCAGUGGUAUGCAGGGUGGUAUGCUGCUGAUGGUCAGUCAAUCUGAAACAUUUCAAGAACUUUGCAGUCGCAAAAACCAUCAAGCGCUAUGAUGAAACUGGCUCGCCACAGGAAAGGAAGACCCAGAGUUACCUCUGCUGCAGAGGAUAAGUUAAUUAGAGUUAACUGCACCUCAGAUUGCAGCCCAAACAAAUGCUUCACAGAGUUCAAGUAACAGACACAUCUCAACAUCAACUGUUCAGAGGAGACUGCGUGAAUCAGGCCUUCAUGGUUGAAUUGCUGCAAACAAACCACUACUAAAGGACACCAAUAAUAAGAAGAGACUUGCUUGGGCCAAGAAACCCGAUCAAUGGACAUUAGACCGGUGGAAAUCCAUCUAAUUUGGUCUGAUGAGUCGAAAUGUGAGAUUUUUGGUUCCAACCGUCGUGUCUUUGUGAGAUGCAGAGUAGGUGAAUGGAUGAUCUCCGCAUGUGAGGUUCCCACCGUGAAGCAUGGAGGAGAAGUUGUGAUGGUGUGGGGGUGCUUUUUUUUAUUUAUUUUUUUAUCCCCUUUUCUCCCCAAUUUUCAUGGUAUCCAAUCGCUAGUAAUUACUAUCUUGUCUCAUCGCUACAACUCCCGUACGGGCUCGGGAGAGACGAAGGUUGAAAGUCAUGCGUCCUCCGAAGCACAACCCAACCAAGCCGCACUGCUUCUUUAACACAGCGCGCCUCCAACCCGGAAGCCAGCCGCACCAAUGUGUCAGAGGAAACACCGUGCACCUGGCCCCCUUGGUUAGCACGCACUGCUCCCAGCCCGCCGCAGGAGUCACUGGAGCGCGAUGAGACAAGGAAAUCCCUACCGGCCAAACCCUCCCUUACCCGGACGACGCUAGCCCAAUUGUGCGUCGCCCCACGGACCUCCCGGUCGCGGCCGGCUGCGACAGAGCCUGGGGGCGAACCCAGAGACUCUGGUGGCGCAGUUAGCACUGCGAUGCAGUGCUCUAGACCACUGCGCCACCCGGGAGGCCUGUGGGGGUGCUUUUCUGGUGACUGUUUGUGAUUUAGUUAGAAUUCAAGGCACAUUUAACCAGCAUGGCUACCACAGCAUUUUGCAUUGAUACGCCAUCCCAUCUGGUUUGUGCUUAGUGGGACUAUCAUUUGUUUUUCAACAGGGCAAUGAGUCAGGGCUAUUUGACCAAUAAGGAGAGUGAUGGAAUGCUGCGUCAGGUGACCUGGCCUCCACAAUCACCCGACCUCAACCCAGUUGAAAUGGUUAGGGAUGAGUUGGACCACAGAGUGAAGGCAAAGCAGCCAACAAGUGCUCAGCAUAUGUGGGAACUCCUUCAAGACUGCUGGAAAAGCAUUCCUCAUGAUGCUGGUUGAGAGAAUGCCAAAAGUGUGCAAUGCUGUCAUCAAGGCAAAGGGUGGCUACUUUGAAGAAUCUCAAAUAUAAAAUAUAUUCUGAUUUGUUUAACACUUUUUUGGUUACUACAUGAUUCCAUAUGUGUUAUUUCAUAAUGUUGAUGUCUUCACUAUUAUUCUACAAUGUAGAAAAUAGUCAAAAUAAAGAAAAACCACUGGGUUUUUGAAUGAGUAGGUGUGUCCAAACUUUUGACUGGUAUUGUAUGUGUUUUGGUAUAUGUGUUUUGGUAUAUCUGUUUUGAUAUAUCUGUGUUUUGAUAUAUCUGUUUGAUAAUGCUUUUGAGAAAUAAUGUCAUGUGAUGAUGAUGAGACAUAUUAUUUUGCAUCUGUUGAAGUCAUGCUUUAUUAAUAUUUUGUAGUUGUUUUGACAAAUAAAAAAGUGACUGUUUUGUUC